ACUUAGUGUCCCCAAUACUUGUCAAAACACGAUGUCAUUUAAUGUUUAUUUUGAUGUUUGAGAAAAACAUUCAAACAGAAUAAAUAAUAUUCUAAAAUAGAAUUAUUUGAUGAAUUAUAUAUAAAUCAUAUCCCUAAAAUGUGAGCAGAAAUGGAAGGCAAUGAAGGAAAACUUGAAUUAAAUGAAUAUUGCCGCAUUUGUUUAAAUCGCACAACAGACUCGCUGGAUAAAAUGUUCGAAUUGAAUGUUUUUCUUCCUGUGAUUCGUUUAAUUUCUCAAACAAAAUUAUUGCAAGACUGCAAUACUCCCAGCAAAAUAUGUGGAUCAUGUGCCAAUGGUCUAAUUCUUGCCAACAUUUUCCGUAUCAAAGUUAUUGAAAGUAAUGGAAAGUGUCGAGAGCUACUAAAAUCUCUCCAUAGAGGUACUACGACGGAUAAUGAGGAGAUAGUUGAGCAUGUUCAAGAAAAUAUUGGAAAAGUGAACACUAAGAGAAGAGAUUUCUCUUUGCAAGAUCCCGCCAGUAUAAUCAAAGUAGAGGUUCAAGAAGAGGAUUUAAUGCUGGACAGUGAUGCAAUGCAAGAAAGUCGUGGCGAAGAUACAAAAGAGAAUGUGAAAAAUAUGUUGGAACCAGAUAACAUAAAAACGUGUUUAAUUUGUUCAAUAGUUCUCAACGAAGAUAUCUCUGUGAAGCCUUACAAAAUGACAUUGAGCAAAAUGAUUUGGAUGAAGGAGAUUGAAGAUAAAAAAUCGAUUUGUGCGAGUUGUGUGGAUAUUACAGUGUCUGCUGAAAAGCUGAUGGAAAUUCGAGAAAAAGUUAGGAAUGUUAAAGAAGAAGGUGGCAACAAAAGGGAAAAAAGCCAAAACGAAUGUCAAUUUUGCUUGAUUAAUGAUGUCUUCUCUACACGAACUCCCAAGUAUUUGGUAAACAAAUUCAAUUUGAUGCCAAUGUGCAAAGAGAAUGAGAAGAACAAAAUCAGCUCUGACGCCAAGUCAUGUAAGGAAUGUAUGAAGCUUCUAAAACAAAUCUAUUCGUUACUAACUCAACAUUUCAAAGGACUGAAAAUGUCCGAAGACACCAUAAAAUCGUCACAAACAAAAGAAAAAAGUGAUCCUUCAUGUGAAAGAAUGGAUUUUGCACUGAAAAGUAAACGAAUUACUAGUAAACGAAUUAAGGUGGCUCCAAAAAUUGUAGGAAAAAAUUCAUAUUCUUCUGAAGUGUCUGAUGAGGAAGCGGUUCCACUGUCGAAAUUUGUCAAACGGCGUAAAAGAAAAUUAAAACUACGUCCAAAGCCAAAAUAUGUGAAACCAAAUCCACGCGCGAGCUUCCCGGAAGACUAUCAGUGUCAUAUGAGCGACUUUGAGGAGGACGAAUCUGAUUCUGGAGUCACGACACCACAAAUGGGCGAACCAUUAAAUCAGCCUUUCAAACACCGGUACAAACAAUGCACAGAAUGCAAAAUGAAGUACAUAACUGACUUCGAAUUAGAGGUGCAUUACGAUGUACAGCAUCGAACAAAAGGUGACAUAUGCGAGCAUUGUAAUAAGAAAUUUAUAAACUUUGUCGGAGUAAAAGCACACAAGCACAAAGUACAUUUUGCAGACUGCUCAUCUGUUUCGCUAUUCCGAGAGCUGUGCGACAUCUGUGGCGUACUAACAAAGACCCUGGAGGAACAUCAAUCAAUUCAUUUUGAUGCUCGUCCAUUUGUGUGUCACCAAUGUGCACACAGCUCAAAAACGAAAGACUUGCUCGCGGCACACGUAAGAGCCAUGCAUACUGGUGAAAAGCGAUACGGUUGCAAAUAUUGCGAGAAACGUUUCAGUUACUCUGCUGACCGUGCUCGUCAUGAAAUUUCUAGUCACACCAAGCAGUACAAGUAUGUUUGUAGAACGUGCAAUAAGGGAUUUCUUAAGAAAAACUUUCUUACAUCACAUCAAAAGACCCACGAAGGUACAUUCCUGGAUGAAAUGUAAUUAUGCAAUACCUAUUUUGUAUUUAAAAGAUGAAAACCGACAUGAUAUUUUAUUUUAAGUAAAAGGUUUUUUUAC